CAUUGACGCGACCGAAGAGGGCGAGUUAAAGAUCUUGAAGUUACCACCAUAUGAAAUGCCUGGAGAGAACAAUAAUACCGUGAUGCUGGUACCACGUGGCGAGUGCUCCUUUGAAAGAAAAGCAUACGCAGCGAAAAAGUUUUACGGUGCGAAGGCAAUUAUGAUUUAUGAUCGAUUGGGUGCAAGGUAUCAGUGGGACAUAGCAAACGAGCGUGUUGUCUUCCCUCGAUCCCAAUUCGAUUAUGAAUGCGGCAACGGAAAUAUUUUCAUGGAAAAUCUUCCGCUAGAUCCACCAGCCUAUGACUCGAUGCUGCUUGAUCCUAUAAUGGGGAUGACAACAUCAACAACAACAGAGGCAAUGGGGAUUAUGACCGUUAUGAAUCAAAACUCGUUAUCUACUAUCGUCGCAGAAGCAGAAAACGAUGGUGGUAAUGAUGUUGAGAUUAACAUUGAAUCAAUUGGGGUAUGCAAUCUUACCGACACGGCAUUGGACCCCUGUGAGUCGCAACUCUGCUUGGUGACAUCCCAUCUAGAAAACUCAACACAGUACCCUGUUUGUUGUGCAUGGGAUCUACCUAUGACGAUGCCCUCGGCAGAUGACGCAAAGGACAUGGAUACAGAUGAUAUCCUUGCCGUUUGGUUAACUAUCCGGCAAUCUGAACAAAUAUUUCAGUCGGAUUUGCUUUCCGUUGAAACCRAGGUAACGAUCGAAUCUCUUUACAGCAAAUCUGACUUCAAUAUCACUUACAUAUUCAUGUGGUUAUGGGGAACACUGGUGAUGGGAGCAGGGGCGUGGUACGCAGCGGGAGAAUACAGGAGAUUCGGAGCCAAUCUAGCGGCCUAUAAAGCAAGCGAAGUAAGGAAUGAACCCAGGAAUCGUGACGAUGAUAGCGAUCRAAAUCGUAACCGUCAUGGUCGCAGACGACGAAGUCCUGAUCAGCUUCGUGGGGAAGCCGACAACGACAUUGAAAAGGGAAAAAAGAAGAAGAASAAGAACAAGGACACCUCAAAUGAAUGUCGAGAAAAUAAUAUCCAAGAAGCAGAAACUGACGAAGUAGUUUUCCAAAUGGUGAAUACUAAGAAGAAGAGGAAUGAACAGGCGAAGAAGAAGAAAACUGGAAAGAAAAAAAAGGACGAAGUGUGGUCAUUGCAUUCCAUACCACCCCCUCCGCGGAAACAAAAAAAGAAGAAUUCACCACGAGAGAAUACCGCAAGGACAACAAUGACACGRAUGGAAUCUGAGACUACGAUACCACAGACUGAAUCCGAGACWGUAAUACCACCAAGAGAAUCAGAAGGCAUAAAGUCAAUGGAAAUGAAUAUCUGGCAUGUUUUGAGUAAGUCAUUCGCUAUUCUCUUGUGGAUUGCAACUCCGCAGUUUUACCUCAACUUAUUAUUCUCUAACAUGGCAUUUAAAACAAGUCUUCGUUGUGAUGGCGAGUGGGACCCUGAUCUUGCUAUUUUUUUUCAGAAUAUACAAGUUUUUUUUCGUGGUAUAUGGCCUUGGCUGUGCAGGGACAGUUUCCAAACUGAUUUUCAAACCUCUAAUUGGUGCAUUGAUACCAAAGCUCGGGGAGGUGUGGGUCGAAGAACUCAAAAAACCUGUCACGUGUGGUCUGGAUGGCUUUACCAUAACUUGCCACCUAUUUGCCUUUGGUUGGGCAAUAAUAUGGAUAUGGUAUGGAAUGACUCACUAUCAGCCUCAGCAAAACCCUUUCUUUUGGCUUACUUUGAAUGCAUUUGGAGCAGCAGCAUGCAUCUAUGGCGCAUGUUUACUGAAGCUAAACUCUAUCAAGAUUGCCACGAUAUUGUUAGGGGCUAUAUUCAUAUACGAUAUAUUCUUCGUUUUUAUUACCCCAUUCCUCACUGGGGGGGCUUCGGUUAUGCUUAAAGUAGCUGGGGCGACAGAUAAUCCAAGCGGGGAAGCAUUUUGUUACAAGUAUCCGGAUGAACGGCAAUGCCACGGAAUAGGGUUCCUCCCUAUGUUAUUUCUUCUUCCAAAAAUUAAUGAUUAUGGCAACGGAUCGGUAAUCCUGGGAUUAGGUGAUAUUUUUUGUAAGUAUUAUAUAUGUGAGGGUGUAARCGGGUUAUGUUUGUACAAUGAUCGAAUGAAUUCGUCUCACACAGCUCUUUGACAGUGCCGGGCUUUCUMAUUGCAUUCACCGCAAGAUAUGAUGAAGCUGCUCGRUUGGUCAACGCCCAUAUACCAGAGGAGACYAGAAUUAAAGCUCCGUCGAAGUGGUAUCAUGGGUUUUUUUUUCCGAUGAUGAUCGCGUAUUCUCUAGGUUUAUUUUGUGCCUAUACGGCCGUACUUUUGAUGAAGCAAGGACAACCUGCCUUGCUCUACAUAUGCCCYAUUUGUUUGGCGGCCACUUUUAUAAUUGGUCGAAAGGAUAUAAAGGAUCUGUGGAACGGUGCCCGAGUAUUCAAGUUAGCAGAUCGUUUAGUUAAGAAAACUGAGCGAGAAUGGGGAAAAGCUAGGAUGAAGCGGUUUGCCGAACAACGAUUACUAGAAAACUCUGCACAGGAACAGGCAGAGGGAUCGAGACUGGAAAGUGAUAAUGAACAAUCUUCAAGCAGGAUUUUGAGAGCUCCCGUACAKAAACAGAUAGAAGAUUCGAGACGGUCUGAUACUGAACGAACUUCAAACAAUACUUUGAAAUCAUCCGAGCAAUUUCCAGCUGAGCCUGCGACAUCCUCCGAUCUCGUGCAGCCUGAAUCAAGAGAUGUUUGUUUCGGACGCAAGGGACACAGUGGUACGAAGUAUUUUCGGAAAAUUGUAGCGAAUGUUGCAGCUGAUUCAGAUGAAGAGAAUUUUACCCCAGAAUUAUACAAGAUCAUAAAGAUGAGGCUCAAGGGGCGCCGCUUCUUCAAGAUGGAUGACGAUAUUUGGAGAGAAUUAACGAAGAAGGAAACGAARAAGGAAAUUCGGAUGGCGUAUGUCUCCAUCCGCAGAAGAAACAAAAACAAAUCUUAGAAACUUGYCAAAGACUCUAGAUAUUGUUCAUU